CCCAAUAACACAAGCCAUUUCUUUGUGUUUUGCAAGAAAGCUAGAAAGAAAUGGGAAACAAGGGUCUUAAGAGUGUAAUCAUGUGUGUGCUGAUACUAGGGAUAAUCUUGCAAGUAGAGGGCAAGACUUGCUGCAAGAACACCUUGGCAAGAAGCUGCUACAUCGUAUGUCGUCUGAGGUUUCCCUCGUCAGUCUGUGCACUAACAUGUCGCUGUAAAAUCAUAAAAGGAACUAAAUGCCCACCUGGCUACCCUAAAUUGAACCUUCUCCCAAACUCCGGUGAACCAGAUGCCACUGAGUACUGCAACUUGGGAUGUGUGUCUUCUAUGUGCAACACCAUGAACAACGAAUUUGUCGGCGAAGAGAUUAAGAUCGACAUGGAACGCUGCAGUGAUGCAUGUGACCGUUUCUGCAAUGGGGAUGCCGGCAUCGCGUCCGUUGCUGCGUAAUCAUGCAUGUGCAUGCCAUGUGAUUUGUUGUUGAAGGCUAAGGUCUCAUCAUGAUGGAUGGUAUUCCACAAAAAGGGUCACAUGGGUCAGAUCCAAACCAGUGUGUCAUCUUAUAUAUGUAUGUGUGUGCUCUUUUUUUUUUCUUUGUUACAAUAAAGGUAACCACACGAUCAGUACACGAUGGAUGCCAUGUUCCUACCUGUAUGUGCUCAUCUCUAUCGAGAUGUAUAUGUGUACCCUUGGCCAGUUAAUAUAUUCACUAUAAAUUAUAUA